AUGCCAGCUCCACAGGAUGUAUCGCAACUUCGCUCAUUCCUUGGUCUCGUGCAAUUCUAUGGUCAAUUCGUGAAACAGCUUCACAACUUUCGUGCUCCGUUGAACAAACUCACCGUCAAGGACUCGAAGUUCAACUGGACAAGUUCGUGCCAAACCGCCUUCGAUCAGAUCAAGGAUGUACUUCGCUCGGAACUUCUGCUGACACAUUUCGAUCCAUCUCUACCCAUCAUCGUUGCCGUCGACGCUUCGCAGUAUGGAAUUGGCGCAGUCAUCACUCAUCGUCUGCCGGAUGGAUCUGAAAAAGCAAUCGCCCACGCAAGCCGAUCGCUAACAACCGCUCAAAGAAACUAUGGACAGAUUGAGAAAGAGGGACUGGCUCUUAUCUUCGCCGUUCAAAAGUUCCACCGCUACAUCCAUGGUCGACGUUUCACUCUACGCACGGAUCACAAGCCGCUUCUGGCCAUCUCCGGUUCCAAGAAAGGUGUUCCCGUCUACAGUGCAAACCGUCUCCAACGCUGGGCAACAACUCUUCUCAACUACAAUUUCUCGAUCGAGUACAUCAACACCAAGGACUUCGGACAAGCCGAUGCACUCUCGCGUCUCAUCUCCAUCCACGUCAACCAAAUGGAAUCGGAAGAUCGUGUCAUCGCAUCAAUUGAAGCCGACAUUGCAGCUGAAUACCUCUGGUAA